AUGUUGGUGAUCAGGGAAGCCCAUAGGAUCAAUCCCAAUGCCCCCGAAUACAGUGCCGCUGACAUCUACAUGGGAUGGAGAUUCCGCAAGAGUGGCCAGGGCUAUGAUGCUGCGCUUGCAGCUCAUGUGGCUGAGGAGCUGAAGGCGGAAGCCUCCAUUGCCAAGGAGGCGAGGAAAGCGCGUGAAGAACAAAACCUCAAGCGUCGCCAGGGGCCCAACAAGAAGGACGAGGGCGGUGGCGAGAUCUUUUUCCUUUGCCGCCUUGUGCGUUUGGAGAAUGAGGUGAACGAGGUGAUUGGAGUUUUGAAUGAGAUCUAUGCAGCGCCCUCAGAUCGUGCUUUUUCUCAGGUGCCAACUUUUUCUCAGAGGGAGAGUCAGCAUCAAAUUUUCAAGCAACUAUCUCGUCUAAACAGACAUUCCAUGAGUUUCAUGGAGCGUGAAGCUGCGAUGGAAGAGCUUCUGCACAGUUCUCCUGCCUAUGGAGGCAUGGAGCAUAGCACAGUUCGUGUCUUCAAUAGGGCCCUGGUCAGCAUCCCAAAGAGUUCUAGCGAGCCAAUUCCGUUGGCAGGAUUGCUUGAUCAGAUCGGGCGAGAUACCAUUGAGGACGCCUCCAACUGCAUGUUGGUGACAGAUGAUGAGUGGGGACAUGUCAUUGAGAAAGAUCAAACCUUCACACCGUAUAUGGAUGAGACUCUCCGCACGUCGCCGCAGGAAUACCAGAACUGUGUGAAGGACAUGUUCGAAGCCGGGAUGUUGAGCUUCACGUCAAAACCUCAGGGCUUGGUGACUCCUUUCUUCGUUGCAAAAAAGGAUGGAAGACAACAUCUCAUUUUGGACUGUCGAGGCGUGAACCGACGAUUUCGAGAUCCUCCAGCCAUGUCACUGGCCGCUGGAUACUCAUGGGGACAGCUUAGACUGCCUUCGCAUUCCAAACUGUUUGUUGCACAGAGUGACAUCAAGGACUAUUUUUAUUCAUUGGCCAUGCCCAUGGACCUCCAGCCACUUUUUUCCAUGCCUGGCAUACCAGUUGAGCUGCUUAGGUCUUGGGGAGUUCCUGACCAUCUCUACGGUGGUGCAUCUUUGGGAGGCGAGAUUUUUCCAUGCCUCCGAGUUGUGCCGAUGGGAUGGUCAUGGGCCAUGUGGAUAGCGCAACGGGUGCACACAGAGCAAUGCUUGCUAGCAUCAGGCUUGGGGCCAGACCGGCUCAUCCAUGACAAGUCGCCGGCACCAGACUUAGCUGGCGGACAACCAGUUCUUAUUCCCUAUGCAGACAACUUGAACGUGGCAGGCAUUGACAAGGCAGAGGUACAGAAAAUAAAGGAUCGGGUAGUGGCACAUCUUCGCAAUAUAGGCUUCAAGGUUCAUGAAGAGUUGGAUGCAUGCUCAUCGGCAACCUCACUUGGCUAUCACAUAGAUGGGGAGACGGGCGUGAUCCAACCUGUUCCUCACAAGUUGGCUAAGGUACAGUUUGCCUUUGCUUGGCUUUCCAGGCGACCCUUGGUGACAGGCAAGGUUGUUCAGAAGCUGAUUGGGCAUGCGGUUCAUUUCAUGAUGGUCAAGCGUGAACUCCUGAGUCUUUUGCGGAAUCUCUAUGACUUCGCACUUCGAUGUGAGCACACACCCGCCAGGCUUUGGAGGAGUGCAUGUCGUGAAGCGCGCUGGGUGAGUGUCUUGCUUAGCCUGUGCUCCACGAACCUUCGCGCUCCAUGGUGUACCAGUGUAACUGCCUCAGAUGCUUCUCUAUCGGGGAUUGCUGUUUGCAAGAGGGAUUUUUCCAACCAAGACGUUUUCAUGAUGGGGAGCCAAAGGGAGUCGUGGCGUUUCAAGGGCGGUGAUCCAAAACCUCCUCCACGGGCACAGACAGUCGAAAAGGGUGAUGUCUUCAACGAUGUUUCCACUGUUUUGCCGAGCAAACUUCCAACUAGGGCCGUUUUUGAUGUCAACCAAGACUCCAAGGAGAUCCCACAAUCUUUUUUACAUGAGGAUGAUUGGCAGUUGUGCUUUGCAGCCAAGAUGGAAAUUCGAGAACACAUCACUUUGCUUGAAGAAUUGCGGCAUUGCUUCUGGCCAGUGGUUGUGCUUUGUGCCCGCGCUGGAUACCUAGUGAAUGGAAUGUCGCGGACAAAGGGUCUCGAAGAUGGGAGGCUGAGAGGAGAGAAGAGGAAGAGUACAGCAAAGGAAUCAAAAAGUUCAAAGAGAGGCUCAUCUAUCCAAGAGAUGCCAGGUCCACCCAACUCAGAAGUGACCAAGCUGCUCUCUUUCCAACAGAUCAAGCUGAGUCAGGUGAAUUCGAAAGCCAGCACUCAGCAACUUCGAGCUGCUCUCCGAGGCAAGAACCGAGGGGAACGGCUGGUGAAUCGUCAGGCUGUGUUCAGCGAGCUGGCAUCUCAACCCAGGUUCCCUGGACAGACUUUGUUGGAGCAGAGGGCGGUAUCGGGUUCAGUGGCACGAGACUACAUUCUGAGAUAUCAAGAAUUUCAGGGGUUCUGCCACACAAAUGGGAUGAGCCUUCAGAGCGAGAUCAAAUUAGACGAAGCUUGCUGCACCUUUCUGAAUCACAUGUUCAUGGAAGGAAGAGACAUCAGCGAAGGAAGCAAGGUCUUUGCAAGCGUGCUGGAUGCGCACCCCAACUUCGGCGGGAAGCAGAGCUUAGCAAGGAGCAGACGGGCACUUCAGGGAUGGAGCAAGUUAGACCCAGGCAAUACCAGACCUCCCUUGGCAUGGGCUUUGAUCGCCAAGAUAGGCAUGAUGAUGCUCGGUCAUGGGAAGAUCCUGGAAGCCCUGGCCAUCACUCUGAUGUUCGUAUGUUACCUGCGACCAGGCGAGGCUCUCCUCUUGCUGGAAGAAGACUUGGCAAAACCAGGCGGCGGCCUCCAGCACUUUGCAUUGAACCUUCAUCCAGCCGAUCGUCAAGAAGAAUCAAAGGUAGGACUUCAGGACGAAACCAUCAUGAUCGACUCUCCGGUGGUUCCAAAGCUACCUCCUAAAGUUGGAGUACCCACAGCUGAAGAGAGAAUGGGACCUCUGCCUUCAGGAGUUGGAGCUGCCUCAGAGCUAUGCAGUUCUCUAUCAGCUGAGACAUUCAGGCCCCUCGCACGAUCGAUUGAUGAACUAUCGUGCCCUGAGCGAGGUCAAGAAGCGAGGGAGAGGUGGCAAGCAGAUUCGUCGCUGCGGCGCUACGAGGCACAUGCCGGAGUGGCGCAGGAAUUUCAAAGGUUGCCUGCCCAGACUCAGGCGGCUUGCAGUGCAGCAGAGGCUCGUUUUCCGAAGGAGCUCCAAAGGACUGUGCAGCCAUCACAAGCCGCCUGGAGUUGGUCAUCCUCCGGUGGAUCCAAUGAAAGCGAUUCGGAUGCCAAGGGCGACAGUAUGGCAGUGACGGCUGGAGUCAGCACCCUGCUGGUGGCCACUUAUCAGCUGGGCUCAGCUUAG